UAAAUUUUUUAUUAAAAAAAAGUAAUAUUGUUUUCUUAAAAAAAAAACAUUUCCAAAAUAUCGAAAAAAAUUCCUUAAAUGUCCGCAGUUGCAUUUGCCAUUUGUCAAAGGAACUGUUUUUCAUACUUAUGGAAGAAAUUAUUACCAAAGUCAGUGUAUAUUUACAAAAUAUACAUAAAUCGCUCAUUAUGUUCCAGUAAAAACGAUAUCGAAAAAAAUAAAAGUUACAACGCUCCUCAUCCACCUAAAGACCUCCCAGAAUACAAUAAUACUUCUUGCAUGAAACAUAAAGCCAAAGAGAAAGCUGAUUUUAUACCACCAUCUGUUUUUCGUCGAUUUAGUUCAAAGUGUGAGACGUUGGGAACAGGUGCCGACAAAAGAGCUUGUUAUAAAAAUACAGAAUAUUACUCGUAUCACCGUUACUCCUUUGCAGCCUUGCAGAUGACAUGUCUACUUAUUCGUGAACAGCGAUUGAAGGAGUCAAAUAUACGUUGUAUCUAUGAUUUUGAAGAAAGUGAUGAUGAAAAAUACAGCUGCGAUGAGUAUGAUAUAUGACCGAUGUUGACCUUUGAUGUUAUAGUUUUAUACAUCGUAGAAAUACAAUUUUCUAUAAAAGAGAUGAUUCAGUGCAAAUGACUUAUUUAUUUUUGCAAUUCUUUUAAAUUUGUUAUUAUGAAUAUAAAUGAGUUUUUGAUAUAAAGGAAAUAUACUUAGCAA